GCCUGCGCGAAGCGGCGCCCAGGGCUCCGAGGGCACGCCCAAAGCGGCCCGGAGGGGGGCGGUUCGCUGCCACCGCUCGACCUUCCGGGGGGGGCGCUGAACGUGGCUUUGUAGGAGAGAUAUAGGGAAACGACGUCAGGGAUCAAUUCCGCCCGCCACAUCUCGCUGAGCAGCGCCAGAGCCCACUGCCACUGCUUGCCUCUGUCGCACGCGCUGAUCCCAGCGCCAAAGCUGGUAACGCUAGGUUCCACAUUCGCACCCCACAUCUCGCUGAGAAGUACCAGAGCCCGCUGCCACUGCUCGCCUUUCUCGCACGCGCUGAUCCCAGCGCUGUAGGAGACGACGCUGAGCUCCAAAUUUACUUCCCUCAUCUCGCCGAGCAGCGCCAGAGCCCGCUGCCAUCUCUCGCCUUUCCCGCACGCGCUCACACACGCGUUGUAGCUGACGGUGUUAGGUCGCGUGCCCUCCUCCCCCAUCUCGCGGAGCAGCGCCAGAGCCCGCUGCCACUGCCCGCACCUCCCGCACGCGCCGAUCCCGGCGCUGCAAGCGAUGACGUCGGCCUCCAGCGCAGCCGCGCACAUCGCGCGGAGCAGCGCCAGAGCUCGCUGCCACUGCUCCCCCUUCUCGCACGCGCUGAUCCCGGCGCUGCAGGUGAGAUAGCCUCGGGCUCCAACUGAUGUCCCCACAUCUCGCUGAGCAGCGCCACGGCCUGCUGCCACUGCUCGGCUUUUUCGCACGCGCUCAUCCCCGCGUUGUAGCUGAUGACGUCGGGCUGCACAGUUACAUCUCGCAUCUGGCUGAGCAGCGCCAGAGCCCGUUGCCACUGCUCGCCUUUCUCGCACGCGCUGAUCCCAGCGUUGUAGCUGAACUAGGGCUGACCCGCGGUCAGAUGACGCUGGGCUCCAGCUUUACCUCCCGCAACUCGCCCAGCAGUGCCAAAGCCCGCUGCCACUGGACACACUUCUCGCACGCACUGAUCCCAGCGCUGCAACUGAUGACGUCGCGCUCCAGCUUCGCCUUCCACAUCUCGCUCAGCAGCGUUAAAGCCCACUGCCACUGCACCCCUUUCUCGCACGCGCUGAUCCCAGCAUUGCAGCUGACUGGGGCUGACGCGUGGACUACCGUCCACCGCGCCCAGGCCAGCUGGCACGAUUUUACGCCAUCGGGUCCCCUGUCCUUCCCGUACGCGGCGCCGCCAGCGUUGUAGUAUAGAUGACGUCGGGCUCCAGCUUUGCCUUCCGCAUUUCGCUGAGCAGCGCCAGCGCCGGCUGCCACUGCUCGCAUUUCUCGCAAGCGCUGAUCCCAGCGUUGUAGCUAUGACGUUGGGCUCCAGCUUCGCCUCCCGCAUCUCGCUCAGCAGCGCCAGGGCCCGCUGCCACUGCUCGCCCUUCUCGCACGCGCUGAUCCCAGCAUUGUAACUGUGGCGUUCGGCUCCAGCGUCGCCUUCCACAUCGUACCGAGAAGCACCACGGCCCACCGCCACUGCGCGCCUCUCGCACACGCGCUCAUCGCAGUACUGUAGCUGACGGCGUUGGGUUGCGUUUCCGCCUGCCACAUCUCGCUGAGCAGCAACAGAGCCCGCUUCCACUGUUUGCCUUUCUCGCACGCGCUGAUCCCGAUGUUGUAGCUGAUGACGCCAGGCUCCACCGCCGUAUCCGUCAUUUCGCUGAAUAGUGUCAACGCCAGUUGCCAUUGCCUGCUUUUUCCGCAUGCGUCGACAGUCGCUGUGUAGUGGCCCCUGCUGCCUUCCACACGAAGCUGAGAAACUUCGCGGAGCAAUUGCAGCGCUGCGAUCCAUUGUCUUGUCUUCCCGCACUUCUUGAUUGCCGCUUGAAGGGAUGCUCCACAUGAUCGGGACCCUGGACGGAUGUCAAGCAUCCACUGAAAUAUUGAGCCACGCUGACUCAAGCCAAAGCGGCUUACACUGAAGUGGAUGCGGAACGGGAAGAGGAAGAGGAAGACGACGACGACGACGACGACGACGACGACGACGACGACGACAG